AUGUCAUCUGAGACAUUUAAUUGGGUCCUGGCCCGCCACGGGGGGGAGCGAACAGCAUUCCUGCGCUGCCCGCCUGCGCUCUGCGCUCCAGCAGCUCAACCGCGUGGCUGCAGCCUGUGGAUAACCAGCAGACCCUCAUCUGCAUCCCGUCAAAGUUCGCGUCAGUGUGUUGGAAAGCAUUUAUUUUACUCGACACAAAAGGAAGGAACGUCUCCGGUUAUACGCUCCGUGAAGGUGGAGGACUUAUUUUGUGCCAUCUUUGUUGGAUUUACGCAAAAGGCGCAACCGCGACGGAACCCGUGAGGAGACGCUGCGGAGCUCAUUCAACCCUCCGGACGGACGGAUCUGUUUGGAUCAGAACUUUAGCGUUCGGGAUUUCUUGAUUUGGCUCCGUGCUGCUUUUGGGAUAAAUGAUCACCGCAACCCGAAGAGUGUCUCCUGAUAAAUCUGAAGUUAGAAUCGCCUUCAGCCUCAGUGACUCGUCAGAUGUAAAAGAUGUUGAGAACCUGUCACAGAACUUCCCAGAUCUUGAGCAUCGUUUACAGCCUGUGCCACCUUGUUUACCCCUGAAGGAGAGCGUUCAGGUGUACAAGGAACACUGCAGGAUGGCGAGGGAGUUCCAUCAGGUCAAACAUGAGAUCGCUGUUCUUGAAGAUCGCAAGCGUAAAUUGCUGGCGGAGCUGGUGGAGGAUGAAAAGGUUGCAGUGGAAAUCGCCCGUCUAGAGGAGGAGUUCCGACGCCUAACAGAGGAGAACCACACUUUGGUGAUGGUCCACAGGGAGCGCACUCAGCAGUUGGAGAGGCUCUGCCCGACCAAUCAAACGAGGCAGGACUCCUCAUGACCUUUUUUUACCCCCGCCCUCCCCUAGAUCCAAUAACCACCAGACUUCCAGCUGACACCGAGCCCAAACAACCAGAAACACAGGAAUCGGCUGCAUGAAUCAGCUAAUUACAGAGAAAGAAGUUGUGUGUGUUCUUCAUUAGUCAUUCGCUGGAAGCACAGACGUACCCAUCAUCACUGUGAGGUAGUUAAGCUGAUCCUAGCGAGCAGUGACACAGUUCUGGGUGCUGCUGUGUUUGUAACCUUGCUUCCUGAUUGUUACUGCCUAACUGUAGUCAUGCUCGGUCAGUGCUCGUGAUCUGAUCUUCUCAGGUCAUGUUUCGCUGUUUAUCUGAGGGAACCAAAGGUGGUGUGAUAUGGUCCAAAAGAUGUAUUUUAAGAAGAUUUAAGCCCCUUCUUCCUCCUCACAGACAAGUGUUUAAAUAGAGUGAAAUAUCUGGAACUAUUCAAGAUGAACGAUAACAAAUUAUGUUUGAUGAAUGAUCUGUUUUACAGUCUCUGCUGCAACACAUAAGAGUUGUACAUUAUUAUUAAUACUUUGAUGGUUUUCUGGUGUUUAACUGUAGAUAGGGAAGUAUACAACAAGUCAAAAAUGGCUGCGUAUUGUCCUGGUCUGAUAAUAAAAGACGUUUUGAUGUAAAA